AUGACACUUGUCAAUGCAGAUAAUAUGGAGACUGAUGAAGCCGAUAAUGAUAUAGUUGAAUUGAUUUCAGCUUUAGAUAGUCUUUGCAUUGCAGAACCCUCAAUAGAUAGUUUGACAGCAAAUGAAUAUAUUGAGAUAGAUAAUAAUUUGGUUAGUGCAGAGUUACCUAUUGAUGAAGAACUCGUUGAAGAAAUUCUUUUGGCUGAAGGUGUCUUACACCCGACACAA